UUCUUCGCUGACAAAUUAAUCGGUCUCAGGAUACGAGCCAAGAGAGCACGUUCCUUCUUAUUUCUUCCCUUAAAGCACAUUUAGCACAAAGCACACGGGCUUCCCUUUAAAUUAUAUAUAUUUUUUUGUUAAAGUGUUCAUACUUAAAUAGAAAAGCUUUACCGAGAAAAUAGUUCUUGGAAAUUUCCACUGGAGAAAGUAUUCUUCAGUCAUUUUAAUUAAAUGCGUUUAAUUUGGUUUGGUUUGGCUGUGUUCGUCCAACUGCCGAGCUUCAUAUUAGCAGUUUGUGAUGGAAAUCAAUUUUCGUGCAAGAAUGGACACGAAUGUGUGGCUGCUAAGCAACAUUGUGACCACGUGAUCGACUGCAACGAUGGAUCUGACGAAUUAGAAUGCACUUACCCGUGCCGAAGUCCUCACAUGAAACAAUGCAAGGAUGGACAUUGCAUCGCCAUGUUUUUCUUCUGUGACAGGGAGAAUGAUUGUGGAGACUGGUCAGAUGAGCUCAACUGCACUGGGACGUCGUCUGGCCUAACACUGAAUUGCCCAUCCAACACAUUCCACUGUGAGGGUCAAGUGUGCAUCCCUCAAAAUUGGGUGUGUGAUGGCAUGGAUGAUUGCUCUGAUGCGAGGGACGAGUUGCAUUGUAACAAAACAAUAGAGUGCAAGAACGGAUUCCAGUGUGGUAAAGAGUGCAUCUUAAACCAGUGGGUCUGUGAUGGUGUCACAGACUGUGCUGAUGGAUCCGAUGAAAAAGAAUGUGGUCCUGAAGCAUUCAUGAACCACAGUUGUUUACCUGAACAUGGCUGGUUCAGUUGUCUCAGCAAAGGAACUCAAAAAUGUAUGCCCAUUAGCCGUGCUUGUGAUGGUUAUGCAGAUUGUGACGAUCGGGCGGAUGAAGGAGGCCAGUGUAAUUCGACUUUAAACUGCUCAAACAGUACACGCUGCCCAAACGAAUGCCAUAAAACUCCUCGUGGUCCUAUCUGCUCGUGCCCCUCAGGCUAUCAGCUCAAUGGAACGACUUGUGUUGAUAUCGACGAAUGCUCUAUGGAUCCACCCAUGUGCAGCCAAAAGUGUGCGAAUAGCCAAGGAGGAUUUGAAUGUUCUUGUUCUUCCGGUUAUACUGUUGGCACCCGUGACAAGAGAAGUUGCAUUGCUAAUGGGCCAGAACCAAUGCUACUAAUUACAACUGAUCGAGAUAUUCGCUACAUCUCUCUACCUUCCAAAGAGUAUGGGCUCGUUCAAUCAGGCAUUUCCCAAGCGCACGGCGUCGCAGCUGACUAUGAAGAUGGAUUCGUCUACUGGAAUGAGAAGAGCAAGGACAAGGCUGGUAUUUACAAAUCCAUGUUGGACGGAUCAGCUUUCCAGUACGUUGUUUCGGUCGGUGUGGAGAUGGUUGAAGACUUGGCGAUCGACUGGGUCGGAAGACACAUUUAUUUUGUGGACUCUGGUCGGAAGCACGUCGUCGUUUGCGACUUCCAUGCUACCAUUUGCAGUGUUGUCAUUAGUGGACAACUAGAGAAACCUCGUGCCGUGGCCGUCUAUCCUGAAGAAGGUUUGCUUUUCUGGUCUGACUGGGGUUCUAGUCCACACAUUGGUUCUGCCGGCAUGGAUGGAUCGCAGCGGACAAACGUCAUCACAAAAGACAUUAUCUGGCCUAAUGGAUUGGUUGUGGAUGAAACCAUUCAACGCAUUUAUUGGGGAGACGCUAAACUUAAUCGCAUUGAAAGUUCGAAGAUUGAUGGAUCUGAUCGUAAAAUCCUUCCCGUUAAAGUGACCCACCCGUACGCUCUCGACAUCUUUGAAAACAACAUCUUUUGGUGCGAUCCUCUGGAGCACGAAGUUCUUUCCGUCAACAAGUUUACCGGCAAGGAUUACAAGAUUCUGAUCAAGGAAGCUUCAUUAACUCCGACUGGCAUUCACGUUCAUCAUCCUUCCAAGCAAAGUCAUCUCACCGACCCCUGCCGAAACGUGAUUUGCAGCCAUCUCUGUCUUCUUUCACCAACCGUACAAGGCUACAAGUGCUCCUGCCCUGUUGGAAUGAGUCUGAACAAAGAUGGCCGUACCUGCGAGUCUAUUUCUGCCCAUGAGUCUUCCAUCGUCAUCGCAACUUUCAGCGACAUUUAUCGCUUGACUCAUCACCAGAUUGGCAAGGAUUCCAUCCUUCGUCUGCCUACGCGUAACGUGGAAAACAUCGGUGCAUUGGCGUACAACCCCUUGGGCCACUCAAUCGUCUACAGCGACAUGAUCCAGAGGACCAUCUACUCGAUGCACUUGGAUACUUAUCGGCAGACGGUCCUAUUCGAAAACGUCGACAUGGUUGAGGGAUUGGACGUGGAUCCUUUCACGGAGAACAUUUACUGGACGGAAGUUACUCGGGGAACUGUCGUAGUUGGUCAAAAGAAUCACGAAGGUGUUUACGAACGACUAGUAUUGGCCCGAGAUCUUUACAGCCCGCAAGGUAUCACCAUUGGAUCCCAAUCCGGCAGGAUGUUCAUCGUCGAGGGCCGCAUCAGUCACGUCAUCAGCGUCUGGCAUAUGGAUGGUACUAACCGACAGGAGUUGGUUCAAGUUUAUGGAACUGUAUCGGCGAUGGCUUACGACGGCAAACAUCUCUACUUCAGCGACUCCCUGCGAGGUACAAUUGAACGGAUCGAAGUCAACGGUGAAAAUCGAACCAUCCUUCGCUCUCAUCUGGGCACUCCGGUUGCCAUGGACGCCAGCUCAGAUUCCGUUUUUUGGCUGACUCAAUCCUCUACUCGGAUCAGCUGGUUGAACAAGCAAGAGACGAAAACUAUGCGCGGCUUCGUAAUCGACGCUUCCGACGACAUAAACGUUCAGUAUCGUUUGAUGUCAGUUAUUGAUCUUUUCGAUUUCAACAGUCACGAUCAUCAUUGCCUGGGGCAUACUGGAGGUUGCAGCGACAUUUGCGCACCAACACCUGAUGGAGUCACUUGCCUAUGUCCAUUGGGUAAAGUAUUGGGAGAAGAUAAACACGUCUGUACUAAAGCCGACUGCGUUGGUGAUGAAUGGUUUACAUGUCAAACCAGUUGUAUUCCCGCCAAGUUCCGAUGCGAUGGAGUCAACGAUUGUACCCUAGGUGAAGAUGAGCUCCAGUGCCGCAACACGACGACAGAAGUAGGUUGUACCAGUUCACAGUUUCAAUGUAAAAACGGAGGAUGCGUUUCGAUCCAUUUCUACUGUGAUGGAGACGCCGACUGUCAAGAUCGAUCCGACGAGCCUGAUUCCUGCCCUCCGUACGUAUGCCUGGGAGAGGGCGAAUACUCGUGUCCUAAUCAACAUCACUGCAUUCCUCGUUCGGCCGUUUGUGAUGGUCAAGCGGAUUGUAUCGACAAGUCGGACGAAGCUAAUUGUUCCAGCACUCAUUCCAUGUGUUCAUCGACGCAGUUCUAUUGCUCCCACAGUCACAUUUGCAUUCCUCUUACUUGGGUGUGCGACAGAGAUUCAGAUUGUCAACAUGGAGAAGACGAGGACAGCAGCGUCUGCGAUAGUGUCGUCAACAAACCGCCUUGUCCACUGAACUAUCUGCGAUGCCCACAACGUCCUGACUGCAUGCCAAGGAUGGCUCUUUGCAACAGCAUUGCCGAAUGCGAACAUGGUACUGAUGCAGAGCUUUGCGCUAAAUUGAACGAUUCGUUUGUCGAGACGGAAACCGAAAGACCAGAUUGUCUCUCGUCACAGUAUAAUUGUUUCUUGGGUUCAAACGAAUGCAUUCCCAUCGCUUCAAGAUGCGAUUGUCGGUUUGAUUGCACCUUUGGGGAGGACGAAGAAGGCUGUGAUAAUCUCCCAUUCUCUUGCAAGAAGGAUCUCUUUAGAUGCCCCAAUGAAAUGCGUUACAUCAACAUCUCUUGGGUUUGCGAUGGUUUGUCGGAUUGCUCCAACAGCGCUGAUGAAGCACUUCUACUCUGCCCUGCUAAUGUAUCCACAUCGUCCACCUCAAAAACUACAAUCACUCCUUCCUGCUCAGCAACCGAUUUCAUGUGUCUUAGUGGCGAAUGUGUUCAGGCCAGCUCGGUGUGUGAUGGUAAAUUUGAUUGCUUCGACGGAACUGAUGAAGGAUCUGGUUGCGCCAAAUCGUGCCAGAAUAAUGGCCAAUGCCCACAGAUUUGCGUUCCAGGACCGAUGGAGCCAACUUGCCUCUGCGAACCUGGAUACGAGUCGUUGAACAAUGGCAAACAAUGUGCCGACGUCGACGAAUGCGCAUUUGAGAAUAAAUGUUCACAAUUUUGCAACAACACCAAGGGAGGAUAUCGCUGUUCGUGCGCUUCCGGUUAUAGUUUGGAGCCUGAUCAAAUUACCUGCAAGGCUGCCAGUGGUCGUCCCAUGCUGAUCGUAGCCACCAAUCAUCACGUUGAGAUCCUGCUCAACAGUGAUAUAGCUUCUAGUCGCUUUCUAGUCCAGUCUGUUCCCGCUAUCAAGGGCAUUGCUUACCACGACAAGAUGUCUACGCUGUAUUGGAUUACCACCGAAGGUGUCAGCCGGAGUAACAGUGGAGGACAGUCGCUCAUCUACAAAAUCAACGAUCUUAUUCCUAGUGGACUGGCUUUGGACAAAGCUACGGGUAAUAUCUACUACAGUGCUCUGAAGAAUGCUUCCCGCACCGGUCAAGAUCAGUCCGUCAUCAGAGUCAUCGCCAAAUCCCUGGAAGCCGAAGUUAAUAUCAUCACUACCCAGUCAAUUAUCACAGAUAUCGCCUUGGACAGUCAAAAGGGUAUCCUGUUUUGGUCGGAACACACCAAACCUUACACUGGACGAAUUGUUCGUGCAACCAUGGACGGACGUUCUACCAUGUGGUUGUAUUCGAUUGACAAGAUCAUGUAUCCGACUGCCAUCACCGUGGAUUCCAUCAAGUCACGUAUCUACUGGACCGACAUCACACUCCAAUCCAUUUCCAGCUGUGACUACAAUGGAUUGAAACAAAGACAAGAAAUUGGAAUUACAAAUGGACAGCCCUUGUCAAUCACCUUUUUCGAAAAUCGCCUCACCUGGAGUCUCCGCGAUCAAGACAUUCUCUACAGCCAUGUGAUAAACGGAAGCACUACCUCACAGCACAAGCUUCACGAAAAAGUCACCCACAUCGUCACAGUUCAUUCCCUUUUGGAACCGGAAUUGCCCAACCACUGCGCGUUUUCUCCUUGCAACAAUGGAAUUUGCGUGCUUAAAAACAGUUCUAGCUUUACAUGUCAUUGCCCUAUUGGUGUUACUGUCGUUACCUCCAAUCCGUUCAAGUGUUCCGGCAAAUCUCCCGAGGUGGUCACGAUCACGCCAAGCAGCGAAUUCGGAAUUAACCCAGACUUUGUUGAGACCCCUUCCAGCCCUGGUGUAACAGUGGCCUCGAUUCUUAUCUGCUUGGCUGUCUUAACGAUCUUGGCCAUUUUGGGAUGGGUUUACUACCGCAGGUGGCGUCGCACAAUUGGUUCACCGCUCAAGUUCCGCUUCCGCAAUGCUUUGGGAUUAACUGAAGAAAGUACAGCUUGGGAAGAAAGUGUCGACUAUGGUGAUCGCAAGAGGCUUUUCAUUAAAUCGGAUGAGCCAGAUGACCAUGGAUGUGGACCACAGGUGAUGGUUGAUCAAAACGAUAACCGAACGACAGUCACUGCAACACCAGGAGGUACUCGACGAUUUCCUGCGGACUCUGCCUAUACCAACCUUCCAUCCAUCCAGCAGUCUUUGGGUAAGAGUCAUACAACGGAAGAUCAUCAACCACAACAGCUUUUACCCGCCACGUAUUCUAUGCAAGAUCAGCUUUUAGCCAGCGAGUUGUGAUUGAUGCAUGCAUGAUGAUUCCAUUGUUUUAAUUUGUCCGUCUCUUGCACUUUUUUUGUAUUCCUUCUAUUCACGUUUUUUGUUUUAUGUUCAUGUUUGUAUAAAAAAAAAUUAAUUGCCCGUAUUGUUGGUGCUGUUGCGCUCAAUCUACAUUCUACAAUAUAUUUUUCUCGAUUCAUA